AUGGCGAGAGCUCUGCCUUGGAACGACGCAGAGAUUCUCCACAAGCAGCUCCACGCGGCCUUCGGCUCCGGCCGCCUUCCUCCUCUUCAAAGAUUUGUCGAUCAAGUUUCCGAAUCGUUGUCCCCCACGGGGCUGAGAAUUCGGAAAGUCUUUUGCGACGGCAGUCGCCCAUCCACCGCGUUUUUGGUCCUCCACAGCGAGGCCGAGGAGGAACUGCCUGUCAGCCUCUCUGCGCUCCGAGCGCUCGCGCGCGUCUCCAAGAAAUUCUCGCUGACGCAACUUCGAAUCUUCGAAGCGGCGGCGAGUCAUCUUCUGCGCACGCUGCAGGCGCUCCUCGAGCUUCAGCUGAUGCAAGUGGAGAACGUGGAGGCGGAACCGUCCGCGGCGCGCCUGGUUUUGGGCCCCUGGUGUUACGCGGAGAAACUUCGAUCCCUUGAAGCAGUGAUGCCUGACGACGGCGCCGACGGCUUUGCUUGCACCCGUUGUCGUCUUCCGGCAAUCUUCAAUGCGCGCCGCUGUGGAGCUCCAGCGUGCGCGGCGCAGUACCACAGAGAGUGUCUCGAGUUUCUUUCUUCUCUCCGGUCUCCCUCGGCUCUCGGAAAAAGGCAAGGACGCCGCGUCUCGGCAGAAAGUGAAGACGAACGAGGAGAGGAAGAAGGCGACGAACUGGGUCAGCCGCGACUGCAGAGCGAGGACAGCGCGACGAACAAGGAAGAUGGAACUCCCCGCGUGUGCCCGGCGUGUCGCGGCCCAUGGGGAAAUGUUCAGGUGAGAGGCGAAGAACGAGAGGAGGAGGACGCGACGGCAUGA